UUGAUUUUAUUCUCAUCCGCGAAUUUUAGCAAUUUAUUUGUGUUUGGAGUAAAUCGCCGAAAAAUGCAAUUAAAGUAGAAUUUGUGACCGAUAAAAAGGACAAAGACCAAAGCAAAAUAAACAAAAAUUGGAAUUCCAGUUUGCAGCAGUUCUCAAUGUAAACUCUAGGCCAAACCCACUCUAUCAACGAUGUCUGUGAAGUCACAACGAAAGGCCGUAUCUACAAACGCAAAUGCGUUAGGUGAAGGAGCUUCCCGGGAAAACCCCAAUUAUGGCCUAACCACGAGAGUUGCACUAGCUCGUCUGCAUGAUGAUAUAGAAAAGUUGUUGCGUGAACAUGAAGCCACCUAUGCCAAGGAGAGCUUCUAUCGCAAACUGCGUUCGGCAUUCGUCAAACCCAGCGACACACCACUAGGAUGGCCUGCAAUCACAGCCACUCUAUUCACUAUGAUUGCGCUACUUAUCGCCGACGCAUAUCUGGCUGCGAUCUGUGUUGCGGCUAUCUUAUCAUUGGAUUUGUGCGUGGUGGUGCGCGAGAACAAUUUACGUCGUACCGAAAUCUACCGCAAGACACGCCAGGCACUCGCCGAUAUAAGACUCGCUGAACGUGAUCUAUGCGGCGAGUGGCAACCAUGCAAUUAUCCGCAUAUUUGUUGUCCAAUUUCGCCUUGCGUGUCGCUGCAGUGGACAUAUCGCGAUGGUAAUAUUGUAAAUCUGCCGUGGGCCCUACUUGUACGGGGCGAUCACAUCGUGCUACGGCCGGGACAUAUAACACCCGGCCCAUGUGCGGAGGUGAAUGGCAAGCGCACAUUUGAAAUGCAUGAAAUCUAUGGUCCAACACAAGUUAAUGAUCCUCCAGUGCGCCCAUUGGCGCGAGCACCAUUGCCUGAUUUAGUAUGUAGCUUGCAGACCACGCCCUUCCUGGAUAACUUACGUGUUAUUUUAGAGAACUCUUUGAAACGACCAUCAACAAUUUACAAUCAGCAGCGUUAUUUGCUGGUGACGAAGUACAUCCAACAAUGGGGAUUCAUAUGUGCCCUAUGUCUGACACUUUUCGCCGGUCUAUUGCGCAUAAAUGGUUUAAGCAGUUCGCCUAGUGCGGGUAGGCAUCCCGAUGAGCAACAUUACUGGAAAUACGUUUUCCUAGAGACACCCGCAGCCGCCGUGAUACCACUACUUCCACUCAUCUUCCCCAUCAUGUGGAUAUCAAUGAAUUUGUGGGGAGUCGCAAGAUUGCAGUGCUUUCUCAGAAUACCACAAGUUCUUAUCACCAAAGACUCCGAAAAAUCAUUCGAAGAAGAUUUGGACAGUCCAACCUUUGACUAUGAUAAUAUUUCGCUGCUACGUUCAAAUGUCUUCCGCAAUUGGUGGCAACUAUGGAAUGGUGAAAGUGAGUUACUACCUCGCUCAUCGAAUUUAGUUCAGGUUUUGGGUUCCAUCACGGCACUCUGUUGUAUAGACAAGAAAGGCAUACUUUCAUGGCCAAAUCCGACAGCCGAGAAGGUUUUCUUCUUACAUGAAACGGAAGAUGAGCGCUUGGAUGAGCGAAGUACUAGUUGUUCAACACUGAACACGGAGAGCAACCGAACAAGUCAGGCAGAAAGUAAGGAUGGUGGCAUUGUAGCCGAAGUGCUUGAUCUUACACACGAUCAGCACUGUCCUUUCCGUUUGGAAUUUGACGAUCAUGAAUGGAAAGCGCAUAUUAAAUCGCUUAAGCCCUUAGGUCUCGCCAUACUACUGAACACCUGUUCACCAUUGACACAUGCACAUUACGCGCAAUUCUGUGGGCAUGUGACCGCUGUGGCGAUGCUGGAUAAAGAUUUAGUGCCUGUCACAAAUCGGUAUGCCAUCGUUGACUCCAGUUUGACUAGCUUUUUGCAUGGACGUUGCCUCUGCGAAUUGGCCAAACAAAUCGGUUUUACCGAUCAUGCCACAGAUCGUUUUGCACUCGAAGGCCAACUGGCUUCCUAUAGACACUUGCAACCGGAGGUGGUUCGUCGUGACAUUCGUUUUGCGCGCCAACUUCAACUCUCAUCCAAAGUCAAGGUACCCUUUCCGCAUUCCUUGUCGGUGGUGAUGCGCGAAACCCCCGGUGGCUAUUUAUCGCUCUUC